CAAUACCUCUCUUCUAUCACUCGGAGAUUCUUCAUUCUUGUCUUGUGUCCUUGCCAAGCCGAGCUAGCCCCAAGCCAAGCCAAUCCAAUGGAGGAUGCGAGGGGGUACCGGGGGAUACCGGCGUUCGGCGAAUGGAACUACGGCGACGGCGACGACUGGCCCGUGCUCGCCCAGCGCUUUUCGAGUCCGGGAUGCACGUCCCGUUUCCGGUACACAAAACCUGCAAGCGAGCGAGAGCAAGUCGCAAGAGGCGUGUCCCUGCGUUCGGAGAGUGGAACAACCACGGCGAUGGCGACGCCGGUGGCUGGACGGCGGCCGUCGUCAACCAGUGCUUCGAGCCUGCCAGGGCAAACAAAUCACUCAAACAGGAAUUCACUGGUUACGACAGUGGCGUCGUCGCCAUGGGGAAGCAGCAGCACAAGGUUGCGAGGAAAACCUGGGCGGCUGACUCUGGGCCCCAUGCGGUAAUGGAGCCCUUCUCCUUCACGGCGGUCAAAGCUGUUGACGAUGACCUGUACGAGGUCCCAUCGGACAUGCUCUGUGCCAACCCACUACGGGGGGCGAUUUGAUAAUUUGUCACCCCUUACUUUCCCCUUUCACAAUUUGCCACCCAUUGUCUUAAUGACAAGCAGGCCCGGGCUCCACCUGUCAUUCUCAGGGGGAGGGGGGGACAAAUUAUGAAAGGCGGAGGUAAGGGGUGGCAAAUUAUCAAAUUUGCCCACUACGGGUAUGCAAGUCAUUGAUUUUCUGCGUGUGAUGGUUGCGUCGCAUGUUCUAGGAAGUUUACACUUCUUCUCAUGAAUAUGCAAAGAUUGAGUAUCUUUUCAGGAAGUUUACACCACAAGAAAGAAAU